AUGUUCCAUCUUCUGCCGUUACUAGCAUUGAUCACAACAUCGGUAGCGGUGAGGUCCGAUGCGACCUGCUACUUCGUCAACGGCAAUAUUGCCACGGCCGAUGUUCCCUGCAACACGAGCGCAGAGAUAACCACCUGCUGCAACAAGAAUGACAUAUGUCUCUCGAACGGUCUCUGCUACCUCCAGAGCCAAGGAAACCACCCGGUCAUGUCCAGGGGCAGCUGCACAGAUCAAAAUUGGGGCGGUGCUUGUAAAGCUGCAGAGCCAUGUGCGCGCUGGAACCAGGGUACUGGCUACCGGGUUGUGAAUGCAAUCGAUGACCAAUAUUGUUGUGGAAACGUUGUGAGCAUCGACAACACUUCGAUUGAAUGUGCCGUCGAUCGUGCCUUUACCGUCGCUAUUGGAACCGUGAUGCCUGGCGUCGCAGCGCUAGCCAACUACACCAAAAGCAGCACGAGCAGCAGUCCUUCUUCUUCAGGAAACAGUAGCAGUGACUCUUCAGGAGAUACCUUGGCUGACAGGAACGAUCGAUCGACGCGACUCGCCAUCGGGUUAGGUUUGGGUAUUCCUCUGGGCCUGAUCGCCGGUUCGGUCUUGAUCUGGGGAGCAUGGGAGCGCAAACAGAGGACUGCUUCGAAGACGGAGCUAGAGGCGCUGAAGGCGAGCCUUGCUGCCGCUGGCCCACCAAGUGGAAUGGGGUACAAUUAUCAGCAUGGUCAUGGCUAUGCUCCAGUCCCUGCCGCGCCCCCCACAGAGCUGGGUCAAUACUCCAUCCCCGUAUCGGAGCUGGACUCAGCCGGGGCUAAGGGCUCGACAAGGAGGUAG